AUGGCCCAAGUCCCCCCAGUGACGCCAGGGAGAAUCUGCCUGAGCCUGGUGGCCUUGAGCACUUCCAUCUCAUGCUACAUUGCCGACUGGAACGACACGCACGUAAAGAACCCAAACUGGCCACCACAUGCACGCUUCCACAACGGUCAGACCAUGUCGAUGGGUCUGAGCCUGGGUCUGUUGACCGCCUAUUUCACCUGGCGACCUGUGCGUGACAUAAGAGUGGCAAAGGAUUCCAUCACCACAGCGGCGCUCGUGGGCACAUUGUACUGGGCGACGGGCGUUUCGGCGAUUUUGUACCCCGGGACGAAAUGGGUUGAUCCGGAGUUCGGGGAGGGCGCGCCGCAGAGGGGGGUGUUUCUUGCGCAUGCAGCCCUGGUUUGGAUUGGACGGUGGCUAGAGCUGCGAAGGCUGGAUGCUGCGGGAAAGACUAAAUCUGGGUAA